AUGGCGGCUAAUCUGCGACGUGGAUUUCAGAACAUCAAUUUGGGUGCCGACGACCCCCCGGUCCAAGUACCAGACUAUGUCAUCAAUGAAGCGGCAGCGGAAAACCGAUUCAUCAUCAUUGGAAGGCCGGUGAUGCCGAGAAGACAGAACAUAAGGGCGAUCAUUGCAACCCUUCCAAGAAACUGGGGGCAUGAAGGGGUUCAUGGAAGGCUGGUUGAAGGUAGACGCUUCCAAUUUGUCUUUCCCUCUGAAGAAACUUCGGAGAUGGUUCUCCGUCGGGGACCAUGGGCUUUUGCUGAUCGUAUGUUAAUCAUGGAGCGUUGGACACUGGCUUUCAAUCCUCUCAUGCUCAAUUUCAUUCCUUUCUGGAUCCAAAUCCGUGGAAUACCUUUCCAGUUCAUGAGUCAAGCGGUUGUCAUGCACAUUGGGCGUGCCUUGGGAAUGUAUAUGGAGGUGGACUACAACCCAGAAGUCACGGCUAGGAGAGAGUUUGCUAGAGUUCGUGUCAAUUGGAAUGUGGAUGAACCGUUGCGUUUUCAGAAGCAGUUCCAGUUCACUCAGGGAGUCAACACUCUGCUGCGAUUCACUUAUGAGAGGCUUAGGGGUUUCUGUGAAGUAUGUGGAAUGCUUACGCAUGACUCUGGAGCCUGUCUGAUUCAGAACGGUGGCCCUGCAAAUGAUGACGAUGAUGAUGAUGACAGCGGUAAUGACGAGGGUCAAGAGGAAGGUGCUAAUACUGUAUUGGAAAGGGUUGAUGCACCAGGAAUCAUUAUUGAAUAA